AUGCAGUUCAAGGCCAUUCUCGUUGCGGCAGCGACCAUUGCGUCGUCUGUUGCCCAAAACACACCCACUCUUGCUGCUGCCCUUAACAGCACGUCGCAGCUGUCGGACCUCAAUACCCUGCUUGGACAGUAUCCAUCUCGUAUGUCGCCGCAAAACAUUGCUCGGAGCAUUUGACUUACGGUUUCCAGUCCUUGCAACCCUCGGCAAUGCUACCAACUUGACCGUCCUGGCCCCAAGCAAUACUGCCUUGAUGUCAUUGAUGAACAGUUCGAUGGCGAACAACUCCCAAUACGUCCAGGCUCUGCUCAGCUACCACGUCCUGAACAUGACCGUCCGAUCGCAGAACAUCUCUACCACCCCGGCUUUCGUACACACCCUGCUCAACAACACCAUGUACGCCAACGUUUCAAGGGGACAAGUUGUUGGCGCACGUAGGGCAAGCGGAAACAAUGGCACUGUUCAGUUCAUUUCCGGUCUUGGACAGAGGUCGAACGUCACCAUGGCUGUAUGGUCUCUCCCUCAAUGAUGUGUUGGAGUGUGCGCUGACACAGUCUUCCCCACAGGACGUCAACGUGACCAACGGUGUUGUGCACAUCAUCGACAUGCCGUUGACCAUCCCCGAAAACGCUUCCUCUACCGCCUUGGCUGCUAACUUGACCGCGUUUGCCGGUGCUCUGAGAGCUACAAACCUCACAAACACCAUCGACCGUGCCCGCGACUACACCAUAUUCGUUCCCUCCAACAUGGCUUUCAGCUCCAUCGGCUCGGUUCUUCCAUCUCUCUCCACCACGCAGGCUACAUCUCUCCUGGAAUAUCACGUCCUCAACGGCACCGUCGCCUACUCUCCCCUCCUCACCAGCAACUCCACUGUUCGUUCCAUGGCCGGCUCCAACCUCAACAUCACCAACGAGAAUGGCGAAAUCUUCGUUAACUCAGCCCGUGUCAUCGCCGCUGACAUCUUGACUGAUGGAGGUGUCAUUCACAUCAUCGACUCUGUCUUGAACCCCAACAGCACCCUGAAGCCCAACCCCAGCGUCCAAAGCGGCGUUCCAGCUUUCUCUGGAGCCUCCAGCGGUGCCGUUCCGUACACUUCUGGCAUAACCAUGAUGAGCCAGACCAUGACAGACGAUUAUUUGACCAUGACGACGGACGCCGUUGCGGCGGGAUACACCACCGCUCCUUCUGGUGCUCUGUCCUCUGCUGGUGCUGCCGCUAGCAGCGCGAGAGCUUCUUCUUCUAGCCAUGGUGCCGCAGCUAUGCCUACUGCUGCCAUGGGUGCUGCUGCACUCUUCGGUGGUGCCGCUUGGAUGGCGAACUUCUAG